AUGGGGUUCUGGAAGUUUCUGCCCUUCCUGGUCCUCGGCUUCCUGGUCAUGUACCAGGCAGGCAUGCUCCAGGCAGCACCGUUCAGGUCAGCCUUGGAGAAUGACUUUGAUCCUGCUAUACUCACAGAGAAGGAAAUGUGCCUCCUAUUGGCUGCAAUGAUGAACGAUUAUGUGCAGAUCAAGACCAGUGAACUGAAGCGGGAGACAGAGAACUUCCGCAUCACUGCCCAGAAAAGAUCCUGUAACAGGGCCACCUGUAUGACCCAUAAAAUGGCAGGCUCACUGAGCAGAUCUGGGACUGAGAUUAAGAGGAACUUCAUGUCCACCAACGUGGGCUCCAAAGCCUUUGGCCAGCGCUGCAGGGACCUUCAGGACUGA